AUGGGCACAUCAAGCAAUCCCGGAAGCCCUAGCAGGGGCCCUUCUGAGGGCUCGCGACGCGACGAUGAUGCAGCGUCAGCAUCUGCCGCACCUACGGCUGGCGGUUCAAGCACGGAGCAGACGACGACGACGACAGUCUCCGAUACAACGACGACAUCAACCGAUCCAAUUCCAGCCCAAUCAAGCAUUUCCGGCCCUCCUGUACAAAGCUUCGCCGGGCCCUCCGCCGAACAUCCCCUCGAGGCCGGCGGCACCGACGAUGAUGAUGAAUUUACUCCCAGCGUCUUUGACGGAUCGUCAAUAGCCGACGACAGGAGUCAAAGGACUGACUCAACCUCCCUGAACUCUAGCGUCUAUGAGCAUAGCUUUCAGCACGGCCGGCGUUACCAUAAGUUCCGGCACGGACGGUACCCGAUCCCCAACGACGAGACGGAGCAGAACCGCGAGGACAUGUUGCAUGCGAUGAUGCUGGAAGCCACGGAUGGGAAGCUUUACUUUGCGCCUAUCGGGGAUAACCCACAGAAAAUUAUCGAUCUCGGCACGGGAACUGGUAUCUGGGCAAUUGAGAUGGGCGAUUUGUUCCCAAGCGCGGAGAUCCAUGGCCUCGACUUGAGCCCCAUCCAGCCCGUUUGGGUACCACCGAAUGUCAAGUUCUUAGUAGAUGAUGUUGAGGAUACUUGGUUGAACGGCACAAAUUUUGAUUUUGUCCACCUACGAAACAUGGUGCCCGUUCUCAAGUCACCCGUUGGCCUGCUACGGAAUGCAUUCGAGCACAUGAAGCCCGGCGGCUGGGUCGAACUUCAGGAUGUUGACGGCCAAGUUCACUGUGACGAUGGCACGAUGCCUUCUGACUGGCCCCUUGUCCGCUUCACGAACCAUCUCGUAGAAGCAUUCGCGAAGUUUGGGACAAAUUCUCAUGCCGCUGUGUUUGGACGGCAGUAUUUGGAGCAGGCUGGAUUCGUCAACAUCCAACAUCACACAGUGAAGUUACCGUACGGCACAUGGCCCAGGGAUAAAAUUAUGCGACUAAUUGGCAUGUAUUACCGUACCGCCUGCGAAGAAUUCUUCCCAGUAGUAGGUGCAAUCCACUUUCAGAUGUUGGGAUGGAGUAAGAUCGAGAUGGAAGUUCUCUUCGCCGAAUGUCGGAAUGCCAUGAGAGACCCUAAUGUACAUGCCUACGGUAUGAUGCAUUUCUGGAGUGGACAAAAGCCUUUGUGA